UUCCCGGGGACUCGUUUUUAGGGAACGUGGUCAAGAGCGGAUGGAUACCAAUUGACACACGUGCAAUGUACGUGCACUAGUAGUCAUUUAGAAACUCCCUGCAUUUGUCUGAAUAAUGGAACACAAAAGACCAAACAAAGCUGCGUUAAUCAUACGAAAGAUAUAGUUCAGUGAAAUAUUAUCUCCCAGCGGGGAAACGCUGUAGUCAGAAGGACUAUUUUCAUUGACGGAUGACAGGUAGUGCGGUGGCACACCGUGCACCUCAGUUUGCUUCUCGGUGUCGCACGAGGUAUGUCGGUCUUCUUAGUGCAAUCUCCCGUUUUCGCGACGUUGUGAGUGCUGUCUUGUGUGUGGUGCAUUGACUUCAUCAUGCCGAACAAGUGUUGUGUCCCUCAGUGCCGUGGAAAUUACGACUCGACGUACAAAGUGCGCGUUUUCAGAUUUCCUCAAGACGACGAGCUGCGCAGAAAAUGGCUGCGCGCAAUUCCACGAGACAGCUUCAUUCCUUCGCAGUACUCCCGGGUGUGCGAGCUGCACUUCGCGCCCGAAGACAUAACACAAGAGGCUUCGUACAUUGACGAAGAAACUGGACGCACGGUGACUGCACCAUUGCUCAGUCCGCGCAUUCUGCCAGGUGUAAUUCCAUCCAAAUUUCCGAGUUGCCCGGCUUUCCUUUCUAAAGAGUGCGCAAGAAGAGAAAGCCCCGACUCCAAGCGGCAGCUAUCCAGGCAGCACUUGCAGAAUCAGCGGAAACAUCUCGCCGUGACCAAGAGGCAGACACAAGGCCGACAGAUGCGCAAUUUGUGCGUUCCUCCUACUGCAAGCAGCAAGAGGGUUGUAACGGAAUUCCUUGACAGCGUUGAGGCCUGGGACACAAACGUGGCGUAUUCGCCUACGAAGAGACAUACCGACGAGAUUGUUGAAGCCAUUUCGUUUCUGCUGAGUAAGCUGUCAACACCGACGCAAGAGGACAACGGCCAUGCAAUACAAUUCCUGACGGAACAGUUGAAGCUACUUUCUAAGAAUAAGGUGCGAAGGCGUUACUCAACCCAAUUCAUGGUGUUUUGUUGCCUUCUGUUUACGAUAUCGCCCCAUGCGUACAAAUUUAUGCGCAGUUAUGGCACUAUCACAAUGCCACAUCCAAUGACUAUCAGGUCCAUAUGUUCCUCACACGGAAUGAAUCCGCAGUUAGAAAAUGAAGGUUCUACUUUCCUCCGGUACAUGAAGACAAGGAUAUCUGACCUGGACGAGCGUCAACGCGCUGUUACUCUCAUGCUGGACGAGAUCCACAUUAAACCUUUUUUUGAUUACAAAGGCGGCAACAUCGCCGGCAUAGCGCAGAACUCCCCUGAGGCAGCUACCAGCGCCAUGGUUUUUAUGGUACAGAGCAUUUGCUGUAAUUUUAAAGAAGUUGCGCAUAUUGUACCUGUACGUGGCGCCACAGGGAUUAUGCUGCACAACUCGCUCAGGGAGGUCAUUCGUGGUCUAGAGAGGAUCGGGUACCGAGUUAUUUGUGUUGUAACUGACAACAAUAAAGUGAACCGAAAGGCAAUGGAACAGUUCGCGUCAGGACCAAUCAGCGAUUCGUCCUCUUUCGUUUAUCCGCAUCCAUGCGAUCCCAAAAGGCCUUUAUUUUUCAUAAUUGAUCCAGUGCACAUUUUAAAAUGUGUCCGAAACAACUGGAUAAGACAGCGCAACCACAAACAGUGUUUCUAUUUCCCUGAAUUCGAGCAGCGCGCCACAUCGGAGAGGCGCAUGAUUUCGGCAUCUUUUGGCACUAUUGUAGAUAUUUACAACAUCGAGGUCGGCCAACUACUAAGGCACGCCUACACACUGUCGCGAAAAGCGCUUUUUCCGACAGACAUUGAGAAGCAGAAUGUCAAGCUUGCUUUGCAGGUGCUAAACGAAACCGUCCCUCCCGCUCUUCGAGAAAUUGGGAACAAGCACAAUCUCUACCAUGUAGAAGGCACCGCGAUGUUCAUCGAGAUAAUUACAAAAUGGUGGAAAGUUGUGAACGUCAAAACUCCGUCCAAAGGAGCAAGAUUAAGAGAUGAGUUCCAAGAGCCCGUGUUUUCGGUGGAGGAUCGCAAAAUAGAUUUCCUGUACAACUUCCUGGACUGGAUGGAAGAGUGGAAGAAAAGAACGAAAGAUUGCGACAGUGGGACUUUGACUAAGGAGACACAUGCUGGCCUUCACCAAACAACUCAAGGCCUCAUUGAAAUCGUCAGGUACUGUUUGGACGAAUUGAAGCUAUCCUAUGUGUUGCUUGGCAAAAUUCAGACCGACUGCCUGGAAGACCGGUUCGGUAAAUACCGACAGCUUGCUGGAUCUCAUUAUCACGUCUCGAUAAGACAGGUGUAUGAAUGCGAAAACAAGCUGCGUUUGCAAAGCACACUGCCGACGGUCGCCACUUCUAGGAGUGUGAGUGAAGAAGACGAAGAAUGGCAGGACCUUGAUGGAGAAGCUAACUGCUUACGGCCGAAGUGCAACGUUGUUGUUACGGAGGAAACAUUGACAAAGAUGAAGGACAUCAUCCCGGUGUUGGUGUACGUGGCAGGGUAUGCUGUGUAUGCGGCACUGAAGAAGCUCAAGUGUCAGAAAUGCAGAGAAGCGUUGACAUUGAACAAAGCAAUUUCAGUUUCUGUCGCUGAUAAGCACUAUGACCUCAUCAGGGCCAUGGACCGUGGAGGCCUUGUUCAUCCAACAAUGUUUGUAGUAAAUGCUGUUGCGCAUAAUUAUGCAGUAGUGGAGCAACUAUCAAAACAAGAAGUGUUUUUAAAGCUCUCAAACCAGCGCCAAGUGGUAACAGACCUCACCGUGGAGCUACUAAGCAACGACGAGUCGUCAGAUUUCGAUGCCUGCGAUGACGGACACUCUUGUGAACUGGUGCUGAAGUACGUGUUAUGGUGCAGCACUAACAUUCUUCUCAAAAGUUUUUGCUGCAGAAUGAAUGACAAGAUUUUGGAAUCUCAUUCUAAAUCAAAGAAGAGAAAGCUCGAAACGCUGAGCAAGAAGUAG